GAGAAGACGUAGAAGAUGGAGCUUCACAUUCUAGAGCACAGCUUGAAAGUGGCGAGUAUAGAGAAGGAAGGUAUCCAAAUUUGCACUCACGGAUUAAUCAAACUCGCCUUCCUGGCCUCCAAAACCAGGUACGUCCAUUCCUCUCCUUCACGCCGCCAAACCUGCACGUUAGCGUUGGACUUUAAAGAGCUGCCCGAGUCAGAGCACAUCAGCGUCGCCGAGGCCACGUGGCUGGCGCUCAACGUGGUGUCGGGCGGCGGGAACGCUUCCAACUCGCAGCCCAUCGGCGUCACCAAGAUCGCCAAAUCGGUCAUCGCGCCGUUGGCCGACCACAACAUCUCCGUUUUCAUGCUGUCCACGUAUCAGACUGACUUCAUCCUGGUCCGAGAACGAGACCUGCCCAUGGUCAUGCACACGCUGUCUUCGGAGUUCACGUUACUGCGGGUGGUCAACGGGGAGACGGUUGCCGCCCACCACCUGGGGGUGACCAACGGUUUUGUCAAACCCAAACUCGCGCCGCGCCCAAUCAUCCACCCGCUCUCCAGCCCCAGUAACAUGUUCUGCGUGACCAGUCUGGAUCCGGACACGCUUCCCUCUGUCGCCACCCUGCUCAUGGAUGUCAUGUUCUACUCUGGAGGGUCGAAAGAAUCGGGCGCCGGCGGCGAGGACACCAGUCACAUUCGGUUCUUCUCGUUCUCCCUCAUCGAAGGCUACAUUUCGCUGGUCAUGGACGAACAGACGACGCAAAGGUUCCCAAACAACGUCCUCUUCACCAGCGCUUCUGGCGAGCUCUGGAAAAUGGUUCGAAUCGGGGGGCAACCUUUAGGAUUUGACGAAUGCGGCAUCGUGGCUCAGAUAUCGGAACCCCUGGCGACCGCCGACAUUCCCGCCUACUACAUUAGCACCUUCAAGUUUGACCACGCCCUGGUUCCUGAGGAAAACAUCCAGAGUGUGAUUGGAGCCCUGAGGAGCGAGAGCAACCUGGCGUAGCGAGGACGGA